CUUCUGCAUGCCAAUUUGACUCAGGUACAGAUUGAGCUUGUCAGCAACUGUCGCGCAUGCACUACAAUUGAUCCUAACCAUCCAACCGAAUCAAUCGCACCACACGUACCACAAAAACUUCCCCUCAAACAACCACCUCAUCACCUCCCACCUUGCGAUCUCUACACUCCUCCAUCUUCAACCGCGCGCAAAUCAAACACGACAGACACACACAUACAAACAACCAUGACCUCAACAACCAGCCCCUCCGCCCUAACAACCCUCAUCACCUCCUUCACAUCACCAACACCAUCACCAUCGUCCUCAAACCCCACCACAACCACAACCACACCCCCAAGUCCCAACCUCAACCUCAACCCCAAAACCUCCGCCCUCACCCUGCAAGUCCUCCACAACCUCCAACACCAACACCUCUGGACCUCGCUCCAAAUCCACGAACUCCCUUCCACUUUCCCUGCCGCCGCCGCAUCCACCGAAUCCGAUCCACCCAACCAUAUCAACCUCAUCUCCGGAAUCCCACCGCACCGGCUCUACACCCACCCGGACGAACAAUUCUACCUCCUCGAGCGCGGACUCCGCGAGGAGGACCUUGAACUCGAACGGAUGUUCGUCCUCCCCACCGUGCAGGGCCACACGUGGAGUCUCCGGCGAUUGGCCGGGGUGUUUGAUGCGCUUCCGGCGCUAGAGGAUUCUGGGGAUGUGGGGGAGGAGGAUGAUGAUGAGGGAGAGGGAGAGGAUGGUGAUAGAACCAACAGCAGCAGCAAGGCGGACAAGUUGAAGGAGUAUUACGCGUAUCGGAAACAGGCCCGCGUCACUAGGGAGUGGGGUGGGAAGAGGAUGCUUCUCGCCAUGGUGGAUAGGCAGAUGGGUGGGGAUAGUACGGUGGUCUAUUAUGUUGUGCAGGAUGGUGCCGUGAAGCCGAGACAGAAUUGAUACCGUUCUCUCUGCUUGACAGUGGGAGAAGAGGGAACCCAUGCAUGGGUUUUUGGGGCCAAUGUGGGUUUGCGGCUGGCUGGACGAACGAAGAAAGGAGGAAGAACAGGGAGCGGCUUACCACCGUUUUUUUUGCACAGCAGAGAGUCUCGUCCAAAUUCAUACUAUUACAGCCCAGACCCGACCAAAGUUAUAUACAUGCGCUGAGAACGGCAA